AUGGCGAAAGAGACUGCAAUCCGCACCGGCGAAGCUUCUCCUCCUCUCCUCUUCCGACAUGUUUCACCAGGACCAGGAUAUUCCACCAUGCAGUUUAGGCUUCUUCAUUUCUGGGAUGCUCGCAAGAAUGUCAAAGGAGGACCAUGCAUCCUUCUUGGGAUCGAGAUGCUUAUGAUCGAUGCGGAGGGGUUCAUUGGUCAGAACCGUCGCAACCAGUAUGAGAAAGAGCUCCAGCGUGGGAGAAUCUACACACUGACAAGCUUCUAUGCGUCCAACAGCAAGGUGAUGUACCAUGUUGCUGAUCAGAGGCUGGUAAUUUGCAUCUCCCACGCCUCUGCUCUGUCGAAGGUUGAAGAAGACAUUGAAGGCAUUUUGAUAGAGCGCUUCAGGGUCCAUUCUUUUUCAGAUUUUGAAGCCAACUGCGAUCUCAGAGGGGAUCUUCACGAUGUUGUUGGCCACCUUAAGCUGGUUGAUGGCCAGGCUCUCCAUCAGCGUCCGGUUUUGUGCACCAAUGAUGACUUAGCUUCUCGGAAAGUGAUGGUUGACCACGAACCCUUCUGGAACCCUUCUGUAACUUCUUUGGUGAACCCUGUUGAGGUGGUCAAAGUUGAGACUCUCACAAUAAGUGAGAUUGCCGCCUUCCUCAAGCGUCAGCCUGCUCAAGUUGCCUACUUUGACUGCAUUGCCACAAUUGAUGAUGUCAAGCUUAGCACUGAGUGGUAUUACAUUGCUUGCAAAGAUUGCCAGACCAAGUUAAACCGUGGGCCGACAACAUUGCUUUGUCCAAAAUGCGGGAAUGAAAAUGCUACUGCAGUAGCCAAAUAUUGGGUGGAGUUGUCUGUCUAUGAUAAUGAGGAGCAUUGCACGUUCAUCAUUCUCGGAGAUGCUGGGAAAGAUCUCACAUGCAAGAAAGCAACAGAGUUGAUCGAUGCUUAUGUUCAGAGUCUACCAAAUUGA